UGACAUCAUCACGGUUUCUACUUCUGAAGCACUACAGGAGGAAAGAAGUUGUAGUCGACAUGCCCUCCAUUGCAGAAUUUCAAAGCAGAUGGCCAGCUCUUUUUGCUGAAAGUGAGAUAAGUGCAGAAUUUACACGUAUUACCACCAUCCCACUGAUGUCCAAGUUUAUGUCAGAACUUGACCACCACUCUGCUAAGCUGUCCAGGGUGUGCCUUAAGAAGGGAGGAGUAGCAGGUCGCAAGAUUGCAGAGAUCAUGGCUUCCAUCAACGAGAAUGACACCAUUGCUACAAGGAGGGCUUGCAACCUGAAAUCACUUGCUGUGUAUUUAAAUGAAGACCCAGAGAAGCUCAUCAAGGAAUAUCUGGAUGUGAACUUUGAUAAUGCCCAGAGCGAACUGGAUAUGACAGCCCUUGGGAUCUACGUCAUCAAACAUGAGGGUGCAGAUGCCUCCGAUCCACCAGAAGAUGUAGGGAUCAUUGUUGAGGGUGUCGUCAUGCUCAAGCACAUUGGAGAUCUCGCCUGUGCCGUUGCUCUGCUGUUUGGGCUCAUCUACAAUCUGAAUUUGAGCUACCCGCCUGAUCUCAAGUACAGUUUUGAAUUUCUUCAGAAAGUCCUGAUGGGAAUUGAUACCCAUCGUGCUACCGCCCUGUUAGCUCAGAGUGAGCUCAGAGCUGCCGUGUUGUUAUUAUUGAUCCGGUUCACUUGGGAUCAGCUGUGCUGCAGCGCCCCCGUCGAUGACGUCAUCCCAGGUGACCCGGGUGUUGAAAAGCCUCAAUAA